ACGUGAAAUUAUGUCUCCAGACCUUUUGUAUUUUAUUUCUUACAGUUUUUAACUUAGUAAAAAUGGGGAGUUGGCUUGUUGAUCCUGUAAAAUACUUCAAAAAGUUUGAUGUAAACAAUGACGGGAAGUUAUCAGCUGAUGAAUUAAAGCCGGCGUUAAGGUCGCUAGGAUUCAACCCAAGGGAUUCUGAUGUCCAGCGUUUGAUUGCAGCUGCAGACACAAAUGGGGAUGGAGUGAUUGAAUACGACAAUCAAGAAUUUAUGGACCUUCUCAGUGAACUUGAUGACGAUCCUAUGAGCAAUGAACUUUUAGAGGCGUUCCAGUUCCUGGAUAAAGAUGGGAACGGAUAUAUUUCAUCUGAGGAACUCAGAGCUCUGGUUACAAAUCAUGGAAGCAUGACUCAGGCGGAGGCGGAUGAAAUGAUCCGAAUGGCGGAUACAAACGGAGAUGGUCAGAUUGAUUAUAAGGAAUUCAUAGCGCUGGGAACUCAAUCUCCUCUUUAUCUUUAAAAAAGUUGGUUUUUGUAUUUUCCUGUUUAUCAUACAUGUGCCCUGUACUCGGUCUGAAACUGCCUACGCUGUACAGUGUACUGCCUACACCGUGUGAUUGUACGCUGUAAAGUAUACAGGAUAUUUUUUGUUUAGCUUUGCGCUUUUCUGUUUUAAAUAUUUGAAUGAAUUUUCGUCAUUAGUUAGUUGCUUUAAAAAUGUUCAGGCAAAGAAAUAAAUAUCCGCAAUUGUUU